AUGUUUUCUCUGGUCGAGGGUGUUCGGAUUCCAAGAUGCAACUUUGGAUCGACACCUUCUGACCGAUUUGGCCAAAUACAGCUACAUAUCUUCAGUGAUGCCGGGGAGAAUGCGUACGGAAGCGUCGCGUAUCUACGGAUUUGUGUUGAAAAUACUGUAAAAUGUUCGUUGGUGAUGGCUCGAUCGAAAGUAGCACCGAUAAAACUUCUUUCCAUUCCACGGCUUGAACUGAAAGCAGCAGUCUUGGGAGCACACCUGAGUCACACCGUUAAGAGCAACCAUUCCCUUCCUAUUCAUCAAAUCUUCUACUGGAGUGAUUCUCGAACCGUUCUCUCCUGGAUUCAAUCCGACCAACGUCGUUAUCAACCGUUCGUCGGCUUCCGUAUCGGAGAAAUUCUGAGUCUCUCCAAGCUGACAGACUGGCGCUACGUUCCGACCAAGCUAAAUGUAGCAGAUUCGCUCACCAAAUGGGGUCGUCUUCCGGAUCUUUCGAGCGAAGGUUCAUGGUUUCGUGGCCCGGAGUUCCUGUACCAGCAGCCGUCGGAAUGGCCUCAACAGAAUCUUCCCGCUGCAAAUACACGAACGGAAAUCAAGGCAAUACACCUUUUUCACGGUGUUGAGCUUCCAAGUUGCUUUAUCGACGUGACUAGAUUUUCGAAGUGGAAUGUUGCAGUUCGCACCGUGGCGUGCAUUUUCCGAUUCAUCUCCAACUGCCGGCGCCGAGCCGCUGGCAAAUCCAUCGAAGCAGUCCUUUCGACUCCAAAGCUUAAAAAGCUCAUCAAGGUUGAAAUUCCCUUUGUAGUGGUUCCGUUGCGGCAAGACGUGCAUCGAUGUGCCGAAAAUACUCUCUUCAGGUUGGCUCAGAGCGAGUCGUACAGCGACGAAAUCAAGAUAUUGAAGAAGAAUGCAGAAUUACCUUUUCAAAAUUGGUUUCCACUAGAAAAGUCCAGCCCUCUCUACAAGCUUGUGCCCUUGAUCGACACCGAUGGUGUGUUGAGGAUGGAAGGUCGUUCUGAAAAGGCAGAGUUCCUCCCUUUCGAUCUUCGCUUUCCAAUAAUUCUACCAAGAUCUCACUACGUUACGGAUCUUUUAAUUCAACAAUACCAUGAAAGGUUUGGGCAUGGAUUUCGAGAGACGGUGAAGAAUGAAAUCAAGCAACGUUUUCUGAUUAGCGGUCUUACCAAUUUGAUAAGACGAACCGAACGAAGCUGCGUGUGGUGUAAGGUCCGGAAAUGUCUGCCGAAGAAUCCACGAAUGGCUGCACUUCCUGUACAAAGAUUAACUCCAUUUAAACGUCCAUUUAACUUCGUGGGCAUUGAUUACCUGGGUCCUGUUGAAGUCGUCGUCGGCCGCCGCAGAGAAAAACGCUGGGUUGCGGUGUUCACGUGCAUGGUUGUUAGAGCGGUGCAUUUGGAAGUUGUCCACAGUCUUACCGCGCAAUCAUGCAUCAUGGCGAUCCGCCGUUUCAUCAGUCGCCGAGGUCCAGCCUCCGAAUACUUUACAGACAACGGGACGAACUUUCGAGGUGCGAGUAAGGAGAUAAUCCAACGGGUACGAGAAAUUGAUUCUGUUUGUGCCGAUGAAUUUACGACUGCUAUCACGAGUUGGCACUUCAUCCCUCCUGGAACACCCCACAUGGGAGGGGCGUGGGAAAGGAUGGUGCGCUCGGUGAAGCAAGUCAUGGCCGCUUUGGACGACGGGCGUCGAUUGAACGACGAAAUCCUCCUUACUACGCUUGCUGAAACUGAGGACAUGAUCAACAGCCGGCCCCUAACUCUUGUAACCACGGACUCAGUGAUGGCUGCACUUUGUCCAAAUGUCAUCCUGCGAGGUUCAGAUCCCAACGAGCCGCAUGAAGUCAUUCAACCUACGCAUCCUGCGGAAGCACUUCGGGAUGCUUACAAGAGAUCGCAGCAGCUGUCCGACGAGUUAUGGAAGCGGUGGAUUAGAGAGUACGUGCCGACAGUCAACCAACGGUCCAAGUGGUUCUCCGAAACAAAUCCUCUAAAGAAAGGGGAUCUCGUAUACGUGGUCGAAGGCAGUCGACGCAAAGCAUGGGUUCGAGGAGUCAUCGAGGAGCCGAUCGUUUCUGGUGACGGAAGAGUCCGUCAAGCUUUGGUACGCACAACUGGUGGUGUUUUCCGACGUGGAACGGCGAAUCUGGCGGUACUAGAGAUUGCUGACAGAGUCCAGACGGUGGGUCCAGAGAGUGCCGCUCAUCAUGCAACUUCUGAUACUGGUGGUAACGCUGAUCCGGUGGCUCCAGAGAGUGAAUCCGGACCAGGUUUACGGGUGGGGGACUGUUGA